AUGAAGAAGUGUGUGACGCUUGAAGGAGGCGAAGAGGAGAACACGUACUGUGGCGAGGCUCCUUUCAACACAAGAAUAGUGGGUGGUGAGAACGCCGCCGCUGGCUCGUGGCCCUGGCAGGUCAGCGUACACUUCCUGUCAAGUCACAUCUGUGGAGGGACCCUUAUCAACAACCAGUGGGUGCUCACAGCAGCCCACUGCAUUAUCUCACAAUCAGUGACUGCAUGGACCCUCUACUUUGGAAGAGAGACUCAGGCUGGCCCCAAUAUUAACGAGGUUUCACGCAGUGUGUCCCAGAUCAUCGUCCAUCCGAACUACAACAACACACUGUACAACAAUGACCUUGCCUUGAUGAGGCUCCUCACCCCAGUCACUUUUACCAACUACAUCAGACCUAUCUGCCUUGCCAGCAGCUCCAGCCAGUUCUUCAAUGCCACUUUGUGCUGGGCUACCGGUUGGGGAAAAACUAGCAAGAAUGAGUCCCUGCCAGCUACGCAGCCUCUGCAGGAGGUUCAGAUCCCUGUUGUUGGAAACAGGCAGUGCAGCUGCAGUUACAUCCCAACUGAAGCAACCAUCACUAAACAAAUGAUUUGUGCAGGACAACAGAACAAAGGAGCGUGUCAGGGAGACUCCGGAGGACCCUUGCAAUGUAAACAAGGCUCAUCUUGGAUCCAAGCUGGUAUCACGAGUUUUGGAAUGCCUUGUGCCACUGCUGGUUUCCCUGAAGUCUAUGCCCGAGUCUCAUCGUUUCAGGACUGGAUCAGCACUCAAGUGGCAGGCUCCACAGUGGGAUUUGUGACAUUUAAUCCUACUGGUGUUGACUCAGACAGCAACUUCGUGUGCAACGCCACAAUCAGUUUAAACGCAUCAUUCAAUCACCCGACAACACUGUGCGUCAACAGAAAAUACCAAUGA